AACAAUCGCUUUUGUCACAACAACAACAAGCUGAGUCGGUGCAGUUUCGGAUUGUGCAAUCUAGAAGAAUACUUUGUAGCUACCGGAAGGAGGAUGUUAAAAACGAUCGUUUCACUAGUGAAAGUGCCCCGACAAACGGGCCUGACGACCGCUGGAAGACGCACGAUACACACCCGGACAAAGCCACGGAUAGUGCCUCCACCGAAAAUUCGCUCCUCACAAAACGAUCACAACAAAACAGUCACGCCGUUCGGAUGGGGUUUACUGGUGAUUCCGGCGACAGCGUUUGGGCUUGGCUGUUGGCAAGUGUAUCGGAAGCAAUGGAAAGAAGAACUGAUACGGGAGCUGGAACGCAAGAUACACAUGGAUCCCGUACCGAUUCCCGAUGAUUUGAGCGAUCUGGACGGCAUUGAGUACGAGACGAUACGGAUCCGUGGGGAGUUUCUGCACGACCAGGAACUGCAUUUAGGUCCGCGAGGCUGCUUACAACACGGCGGUAGCCAAACGGCUGGUGGACUUUUCUCACAGCGAGAGGCAUCAAUCGGUUAUCUCGUGAUAACACCUUUUAAGCUAGAGGGACGCGAGGACAAGAUUCUGGUCAACCGUGGCUGGGUACCGAAGCGCUAUCUCGAUCCGAAGACGCGGCCCGAAGGACAGAUCGGUGGGGUGGUGGAGCUGAACGCAGUCGUACGGCUACCGGAGGCCAGGCCACAAUUUAGCCCGCAGCAGCGUGGUGCCAUCUUCCUGUACCGCGAUGUACCGAAGAUGGCCAGCCUGUGCGGUACCGAGCCGUACUUUGUCGAUGCUACAGCUGCCUCGACCGUACCGGGUGGACCGGUUGGAGGGCAGACGCGUGUCACGCUUCGUAACGAACACCUCUCCUACAUCAUCACGUGGUUCAGCUUGUCCGGGUUCACGACCUGGCUUUGGUUCCGGCAGAUCGUCCGAGGAAAGUCCUUCUGAUCGUGAUUCCGAUGAAGGUGGACCGGAUGUUGCUGUUACAUUGUUAUGAUAUUUCUAGAUCAAGAAUAAAUCUACUUUGCUUUAACGUGA